AGGAGAAGAAGGGUCAGGAGCUUCCGAAGGGGCCGGAGGUGGAGAUAGCGAAGAUGGAGCAACUCUUGAGCUCGCUGAGAUAGCCUGGGUACAGACAGCAGACUGAGGCACAGUAAGACCAGGACCACUGCACAAAUUCACUAAAAAUAGUCAGUCAAAUAAACAGUAUUCAUCGUGGCCUGUAUUUUAAAAGGAUAGUUCACCAUAAAAUUAAAUCCCUGCCAUCAUUGGCCCUGUUUCCAUCCAAAAAUGCUAAUUAAUUCAUGCACAAAACUGGAAUAUCGCUUAAAAACAUGUGAAUAAAGCAGCGUUGUCAUCCAGCCAGUCAAA